CUAUCGUACGCUGCAGAGGGAGGCAACGAGGAGAUCGUCAGGGAACUCAUCCGGAGACAAGCGGAUGUGAACGCUGCAGAUGACGCAAACCACCAAACACCGCUGCACUGGGCUGCAUUGUGCGGGCAUCGAAAUAUUGUCCAAUCUAUACUUGCAACCGGUGACGCCAAGGUGAAACAGACAGAUGGUUCCGGCCAAACGCCGCUGUGCUGCGCCGUACGCCACGGACACGCCGAUACAGUGAGAUUGCUUCUGGAACAC